CGAUGGGGAGUAACGCUGGUGGUGUACUCAUCGGUGUGCCAGCGAUGGGGAGUAACGCUGGUGGUGUCAUAAUCGGUGUGCCAGCGAUGGGGAGUAACGCUGGUGGUGUCAUAAUCGGUGUGCCAGCGAUGGGGAGUAACGCUGGUGGUGUCAUAAUCGGUGUGCCAGCGAUGGGGAGUAACGCUGGUGGUGUCAUAAUCGGUGUGCCAGCGAUGGGGAGUAACGCUGGUGGUGUCAUAAUCGGUGUGCCAGCGAUGGGGGAUAACGCUGGUGGUGUCGAAACCAUCAGGGAGUCUUGCAGAGGGCUUAGACAGAGCAAUAUCGGAGUGCCCCGUGAGCUUCAAGUAUCUACGCGUAGUCAAAAUGCCGCAGAAAGCACACGGGAGUCACUGGGACCACGCCUUACAAGACCCUUCAUCGUGCGUGUGUCUCAGCUGCGGGACGGACGGGAAGCAGACGCGACGCCUCCACCUCAGGCUGGAUCUGCUCGUGUGGAGAACUGGAGGUCUCGGCGAGGCGGUCGGCCGUGGGACUAGCGCUCACCCUCGAGACGCAGGUGGCGAUACUGAAAAGAUAAGCAGCUGA